AUGAAGUUACAAUAUCAAAACUACCAUGGGAAACAGGAUGUAUCUUCAUUUUCUGCCUGUUCAUCAGAAAGCGGUGAUCCUUCCAAUUUUCACCUUGCAAUGCCUGGGACGGCCGAGAUUGAACCACGAAAACGUAAUGUUUGCCAGGCAACUGGCAAAAUCAGUGCGAAGCCAGCACAAAAAGCAAGAGGAACAAUUGCCGCUACAUGGCAUUUGCUCACGUUCCGACUCUUCUUCUAUCUUCUUGGAAGGACUGUUGGAGAGUACCCUCGAUGUUGUUUACUAAUUUCGUUGAUGCUGUCCUUAACCACAAUAGGAAUGAGAAGCAUGGUGCUUCGUGACAGUAUACAGGAAGGAUAUACACCAUUGAAUGCACAAUCUUUUUAUGAAUCCAAAGUUAUGCGCGAAUUUUCCAAGUCUACUGCUGACCCAAUGAAAUUAGCUUUUAUGAUGCUAGCAAAGGAUGGCGGUUCAAUGCAUAGGAAAGCCUAUCUGGACGAAGCUGAAAGAAUUGUGAAAGCUAUAUACCAUGUGACAGUCAAACAUGGCGGCCACCAUUUGAUUUACGCCAAUAUAUGCGAGCCUCUUUGUUACGGAGAUGAAGUCUUUAAAAAUUUCAAGAAGUUUUUCGACAUUCAGUAUGAUAUGGCUAUAAAGAAGAAAUGUUACUCUUCGCUUUACAAUUUAACAUAUCCUCGUGCAACACUUUUCACACUAUUCGAUACUUUUACCCUUCCCAUAGACCAAUGUCUUUUCGGGGUAAGGCUUGUACAUGAAAACAGAGACAAUUCAAAUAACAGCAAAAGGAUGAAGAGAUUCCUGCCCUUGGACUGGUUUGAUACCUAUGACAUUGAUGGAGCUGUACCGAUUGAACAUCAGAUUACAAAUAUGGAACAUGUUACCGUGAUAGCACUAUUUUUAUAUGGAACCAAAAACACAAGAGCUGUGGAGGAAAAGUUAUCUUUAUGGGAGCUCGGGAUAUACGAAUGGAGUAAAAGCUAUAACGCGAAGAAACUCAGCCACAACCUUUAUAACUUUUUGGUUGAAUUGCUGGUGUAUGGCAACAAUAUUCUGGAUAUGGAGGUCAAUGCAGACAACAGAAAAGUAGCUCCAUAUUUCGGCGGAGGAUUUGCCGUCAUGCUUGCUAUCAUAAUUUUUUGCGUGUUUUCGGGAGCUUAUUAUAACAACGCGCUAGAUUUUGGCAAAAUAUUAAUUGGAAUUGGUGCUAUACUCUGCCCUCUAUUGGCUAUUACAUGCACUUUUGGUAUAUUAUCGUUGUUGGACUCCCGCAUCAAUUCACUGCUCUUCGUUAUGCCAUUUUUGAUAAUGGGAGUAGGGGUUGACUCUUCAUUUAUAAUGUACUAUUCUUGGCAAAAGUUGGCGCAUCAAGGAUGUUUGAGCUCCGAAAGACUAGGAAUGGUUUACGAAGAAUGUGGAAUAAGCAUUACUAUAUCUUCUUCAACAAAUGUGCUUGCUUUUGCAGUAGGCUACCUAACUCCAACUCCAGAAGUUCAGUUAUUCUGUCUGGGUUCAGCUGUUUCUAUGGCUCUUACAUACGUAUUUCAAAUAUUUCUAUUUGGAGCAAUUCUUUCAAUAGCUACAAGACUGGAGAAAAAGGGAAAAAUGGAACAAUUUGAAAAACCCAAACGAUGGAGAGUCAGGAUAGACAAGUUUAGCGGAAUACUCUUUCGCAUGCACUGCAUGAUUGUGAGUAAAGAAUAUAUUGCCGUGUUUGUUCUCUUAGCGACAUUAUACUACUACUAUUAUUCUACGCGUGGAAUCCUUUCAAUGAAAGUGAGCUUGGAUUCCGUGAAGAUUUUGCCAAAGGAUUCGCUUCUUCGCAAACCUAACUCUGUUCUCACAAACUAUGUUUGGAAGGAGAAUCUCGUUCUGACUGUUUUUGUUAACACUCGCUUCUACUUCAUGAAUAAUGAAACGACGACUCAAUUCUGGGAUGCCCUGAAGGAGCUAGAGGAGCUGCCAGGGUGCAAAGGUCCAAAUUCGUCGUACGUUUGGUUUAGAAACUUUGCACACAAAUAUGGAAAGUCGGAAAGUGACUAUCCUUAUGAUCAAGUACUGGAUCCAAAUAAACUACGAAAUUUUUUUGAAUCCGAUAAUUACCAUUUUAUCCAUAGCGUUAAGCUAGUCAGGACACGUAAAGAAAACAUCUCUACCGUCGGCGAGCUUACUGUAAGACGAUUUUUCAUGACUAUAGCGUACACUAAUGUAUCGAAUUGGAAUAUACGUAUCAAAUUAAUGACUCAAUGGCGAGAAAUAGUUGCGAAGUACCCAAAGCUCAACAUGACCGUGUACGAAGACGGUGGAAUGUUUGUCGAUCAGAUGCUAAGUUUAUCAAACACUACAUUUAAGACCACUUUACUCACUCUCUUCUCUAUGACUCUCGUUUGCGUCAUUUUUAUAACGAGACCAUGUAGUGUUCUUACUUCAAGUUUAGCAAUAGCAUCCAUCAACAUAGGUGUCGUUGGCAUUAUGUCAAAACUCUCAUUCGAACUUGAUCCCGUAGUGAUGAUUGCUUUGUUGAUGACGAUCGGAAUGAGCGUAGACUACAUCGCCCAUGUUGCCUAUCAUUUUCAGCGCGAGACGAGAGAUCAACUCUGGAAAGGGAUAUCAGUUACGGUGCCAUUGAAAAGCAUGGCGGCAAAAGUUGAAAAUACGAUACUUACUGUGGCAUGGCCCAUGGUGCAGGCAGCAAUCUCGACCAUUUGCUGUGUUUUUCCAUUAACAUUCAUUUCGGUGCGUCUGGCUCCACGUAUGCUAAUCGACUAA